AUGUCGUGUCUACCCCAGCGCUGCGCCCGGCAGCUCCUCAGAGAGCCUUUUCAGCACGGCUCAUUACCCCUAUUCCUCACCCCCGCAUUUUCCCCGUCGCGCGCGCAAUGCUUCUCGACCACCUCCCCAGCGCAAUCCCGAGUCGGAGGCGCCGCCAUCUCCGUUCCCCCCGAGGUGACCUUUUCCCUCGUUGAUCUGCCCAAGGGUCUGAACCGGGGCCGUGGAAAGGAUGUUCCUACGCAUGCCGCUCAUAUCAAGGGUCCCAGGGGCGAGAUGUCUCUCGAUCUCCCAUCUUUCCUGACUGUGAACCACGACACGGCUACCUCGAAGGCGACCUUGUCUAUCCAGGAUACUGAGAUCCCGCACCAGCGUGCUAUGUGGGGAACAAUCCGCGCGCUCCUCCAAAACCACGUUACCGGUGUCUCUGAAGGCCACAUUUGUGUUCUGAGUCUUGUUGGUGUCGGAUACAGGGCCACCAUUGAGCCCAAGGCGACAACCGUUUCCCCAACUUACCCUGGACAACAAUUCGUCUCGUUGAAGGUCGGCUUCUCCCACCCAAUUGAGCUGGGCAUUCCCGAAGGUGUCCAGGCCAGCACUCCGCAACCCACCCGUAUUCUCCUAGAGAGCGUCGACAAGCGCAAGGUGACACAGUUUGCUGCUGAGAUCCGCGAGUGGAGACGGCCGGAGCCGUACAAGGGCAAGGGUAUCUUCGUCAACGGAGAGACCAUCAAGCUCAAGGCAAAGAAGAUCAAAUAA